AUGGAAACUCAUGCGUUGCUUGCUCUCGCUCAGAGUGCUGUGGACGCCGGUAAUGUAAAGGCUGCCUGCGAGUUCUACGAGGUGGCCCUCGCCCAGUCGCCAAACAAUGACGAGGUAUUGGAGGCCUAUGCGGAAGUCAUGAUCCACUACGCCCAGGACACCCCUCGCGCUCAGCAGAUGCUUCGCCAUGCAAUCGACAUCAACCCGAACCAGGGGUACGUGAAGUACCUGAACUUAGCGCAACUCUGUGAGGCAGAGGAGGCACUCAGGUGCUACGAAAAGGCGUACGAGAUUGCAAGCCUCAUGCUGCACGGAUGCCGAAAGAAGAAGAUGAAGAAGACACUGCAGGAGACCAUGGCGACCGUGUGCUGCGCCGUGGCCGAGCUCUACCUGACGGACCUCUGCUUCGCAGAAAACGCCGAGCAGCAGUGCGAGCAGGCUGUGAACCGCGCACUGGAGCUGAAUAGCGAUAUUGUGGAGCCGCACCAGCUGCAGGCGUCCCUCCGCCUGAGCCAAUGUCGCCCCGACGAGGCGCUACAGUCGCUGCGGCGUGCUGUGGAUGCAACACAUCGCCUCGGCGAGGAGCAUCAGCCCACGUACGAGUCUAAGAUUGAGCUAGGCCGACUUCUGAUGCAGGUUAACCCAGCCGAGGCUUUUCAGUUCCUCCUGGAGGUGCUCCAGUAUGGUGACAACAACCCCUACGUGUGGUUCCUGCUCGGCGAGAGUGCCCGCAUGCGGGGACGAUACACUGACGCGGCGCGCCUGCUGCGGCGUGCGCGUGUGAUGCUAGUCGUGUCCGGCGGCGACGCGACUGCGCUGAGCGAGGUGGACGCGGCCAUUAGCGUUUUGGUGCAGGAGAUGGGUGGCCCAGAGGCGGCGGCGCAGGUGAAAGACCUAGAUCACCCCUACCCGCUAGAGCUGCUCGAGGCAGAAGACGACCAGGGCGCAGAGGAGGACGGAGACGACGACCUGGAAGAGCCGGAACGAGAGCCGUGCGACGAUGAGGAUGACACCUAG